UGCGCCUCAUUUGAUCAGACACGCGCCAUUUCAUCAGUUAGGUGCACCUCGUUUUCCGAUCAAAUCUUGAAAAAUGGUUCCUCGAAACUAGUAAGAAAUACUAAAAUAACAACCAGUUAUUGCUCAUUCUUCCACAUAUCUCAGAAGCCAUGAGCAGCAGCAGCUGCUUGUGGAUCAACCGUCAGGGCAUGGCCCGGACAUCAUUCCUCUUGUUUUUAGGUCAGGCUGUUUCUCUUAGUUUGGCCACCUCCAGCUUUGCUAUUUCUUUGAUCACCAAUCAAGGUGUGCAUACACCGCUAACUCUCUCAUUCUUCACAUACAUGGUUCUGGCUCUCGUCUACGGAAGCAUAAUGCUCUACCGCCGACACAAAUUGCUGGUUCCGUGGUAUUGGUAUGUUUUUCUAGGCCUUGUUGAUGUCCUAGGCAAUUAUCUUGUGACUAAAGCUUACGAGUACACAUCAAUCACCAGCGUGACGAUACUCGAUUGCUGGACGAUUGCGUGGGCGAUAAUUCUGACACGGCUUGUCUUGGGGACGCGAUAUUCCCUUUGGCAGUUCUUUGGGGCGGGAGUUUGUCUAGUAGGCCUUGGUCUAGUGAUUCUGUCUGAUUCUAAUCCCGGUGUUGGAGGUGGACCUAAACCUCUUUAUGGCGAUAUUCUUGUCAUCGCAGCAACAGUUUUUUUGGCAAUGAGCAACAUUGGGGUGGAAUUUUGUGUUAAGAAGAAAGACCGCGUUGAAGUAGUGACAAUGGUCAGCGUGUUCGGCAUGCUUGUCACUGCAUCAGGGAUGGCCACAUUGGAGAGGAAGAGCCUCAGAUCGAUCAGUUGGUCUCCUCAACUAGUAUUAGCCUAUGUUGGAAACACGACAGCGAGCUUCAUUUUCUAUACGCUCGGCCCUUUUGUUCUAAAGAUGAGCGGAGCCACACUUUUCAAUCUAUCCCUUCUGACGUCUGAUAUGUGGGCAGUUCUAAUAAAACUGUUUAUCUACAAGCAGCAGGUUAACUGGUUAUACUAUUCGGCUUAUGCGCUUGUGGCGGUCGGGAUUUUCAUCUACUCGAAAACGGAAAGGGACCCUGACAUCACACAAGUUGUUGAGGAUGGAAACACAAGUCCAGAGUGUUCUCCUCUUAUUGAAGAGAAUGCAGAUAUUAGAAAUGGCACUCUGCUCCUAUGAACAACCCAAUGCAAAGACAGGGCAAGAUUGUAGUCGUUACCAAAGGGUAAAUUGCAAUUUAUCUACUUGUGUUAUGGAAAGUGCAAACAGUCCCCUUAUAAAAUAUAAAAUAGAAAUUUACCCUCACGUGCUUAAAAAAAUGGAGCAAAUUUAUUUACCCCUUAGGAGGUAAAUUGCUUCAUUUUUUUAAAAUACAAGAGGGUAAAAUGCUAUUUAUUCUUUAUAAGGGGAUAAUUUGUUCAUUUUCAAUAACACAGGAGGAUAAAUUGCUAUUCACCCUAUUCCCAAAGGACAAAAAUCUUUUAGUCCUGUAACUACAAGCAAUUUCACUUUAAGUCUUUUUUUUCCUUCUCAUUUAAUUCUUUAAGUUCAAUAAUUUCGACAUAUUUUAUUUAGUGAAUAAA